GGGGAGAUCUAUUACCCAGGACCCUCGUCCAUUCUCCAUUCCAAAUUAGCCUUGUGACUCUCCUACAGCACCUGUAGUAUGUAAGAGAGGUGCCGGUCACAGUAUGGAUGUGCGUACUGUGCUGUCAGCUGUUUUAUUGCUGAGUGCCAUCUGCAUGCUAGUACCUGUGUCUGCACGUCGUGGCAGGGCCCGCGGUCGCACCAAGAGUAGAGUACAGAUCGGCCUACCCAUCACUGGCAAGUACCGAGAUCCAGAAAGUGACCAAUAUUACAAUAACAACAACGGUGCAAAGAUUCUACAGGCGUCACACUUUGACUUUGAGUAUGUACUGGGACACAAGAUAGCCUUCCUGUGUGUGGCGAGAGGCACUCCUAGACCUCACAUCACUUGGUACAAGGAUGGCAUUGAGCUCUACUCCCAUCUCUAUCUGCAUGUACACGAGUGGCCAGUUGACAAGGACAAGGUCAAGUCCAAGCUGGAGAUAGACCCUGCCACACAGAUGGAUGCAGGAGUGUACGAAUGUUACGCGGACAACAUGUACAGCAUCGACCGGCGCAGCUUUAAAACAGACUUUAGCAUCGCCUUCGACUGAUUGUUGUUUAGGACCAGUUUAUGUGAUUCAUAGACUGCUUCAACCAAGAUUGGAUGUAUAUUUUCAAUGCAAACACUUUGUGUAUUAAGUUAAAAUCAAGUUUGAACUUUAUAUUAAUUAUAUUUUACUGUAAGUACGAAGUAAUGUUUACUUAAAAAUUCAAAUGCAAUUUUUAUUGUUAUGAAAUUUUGUUAUAUCACAAAGGCAUAUUAAACACUAGAAAAAAUCUAAA